GAAAAUGUUUAUUCGUUGGUGAAAGUUGUAAGAAAUAAUAACAAAAAACCACUGCUUUUAAUUGCUAUAUAAUUGAAUUGGUUUUUUUCAAGAAAAAAAUGAAGUUAAUAAUAUUUUGUGUGUUUACCAUACAAUUGACUACGAAUAUUGUCAUGGCAGGACCAAGAAGUGGACCAUUAUGUGGUUUAUUGUGCGGACUUGAAAAGUUUUUCAAUCCAAUUUCACCUGAUCCACCAUUUUAUCAGUUCAUCCAAUUACCAAAUGUGACCGCCGAACGGGAAGAUAUUGAAGAGGCCGAAGGAAACGGUCUUUAUUUUGUCAACUUUAUGAUGGAUUGUGCUGCUAAGCCAGAUAUCGAUUUUUUAAAAAAGAGAGCCACUCGUGAAUAUGACAAAAGUGUAAAGCUACCGUGGAACCAGCUCCCGGGUACAUAUCCCGAUUUAAGUAAUAUUGUUGACGAGAUAAAUAAGAUAAGUAAAUCUUUUGAAUCGGCCGCUAAUAGUCGGGCUGGCUAUAAAAAUUACAAUGUAGAUAAAGUGAGCCUUCAGAUUUUCGUUGGAGCUUUGAAAAAAUUAUAUACAAACUCAAAUAGAGAUGUGCUGAGACAGCAAAGCAUCAAUCUAGUUUGCAGAGAUUUGCACACACUUAUCUUAUACAUGAAAGCGCUUUACAAACGUCCAAAAUCAAAGACCAUUGGUGCUGCUAAUGUUAAAGCAACCAUCAAUUAUUCAGAUCAUUAUGAUUGAGAGAGUUUAAAGCACUCACACGCACUGACGACACAUGUUAAAAAAUAAAAUGUGUUCACUUUUAUCCUUGA